AUGGCCUUUAAAAUAAAACUCAAUGCAAAGAAAAGUAAAAGAUCGUACGAAGAUGAGCAAGUAAAACAAUUAACCACGCUAUUUCCAAAUGGAGACCCGGAUUAUUUUCGAUCGUGCCUCUCUUACUACAACGACAAUGCUGUAGAACGAAUCGUGGAUAAAAUUACCACUCGUUACGGAGGUCAUUACCCGCAACUACCUUCAACAACGAAUGAGCAGUUAGACGACAACAGGCUAAACGCUUGUUUGCGAAUAUUGGCACUUGAUCUGUUUCCUGACUGUGAUAUUGCCUUUUUGAGGGAAAAAGUGUUAUCUUACAGUUAUGCUCAUAUUGAAAAAGUUACAAAAGCGUUGUUGUCCCAAAAGCACUAUCCUGAACGAUUGGACUAUGGUAGAAUGAAUCCUGCAGACGGUAUCCGUAGUGAACGAUAUAAAAAGCAGGCCUUUUUAUUACUGACACAAAAUUAUCCUCAGGCUUGGAAAUCGUCUAUCAAAGCAAUAUUGGCAGAAAACAACUAUGAUUAUUUGAAAAGUUUUGUACAAUUGAAAGAAAUGGGUUCUGGAGGAUUUUGGUACACUUUGAAGAACUUUUUUAUGCAUUGGUCUGCAAAUUCGUCUACUUCUCCCAACUUAUCGACAUCUUCGCAUUCAAUAAAUCAUGAAAGUAACAGUUUAUCAAUGUCGAACAGUUCUGAUCAAUAUCUGCUGGAACAAAUCAAAGAACUUCAUCAACAGGACAUUGACAGACAGUUAAAGAAGGAUUUGCAUUUAGCUCAGCAGCUCAAUUAUAAAGAAUACGAUAAACACAAGGAGCUACUUACAUGUGAUUGUUGCUAUCUUGAUGAUUUCACAUUUGAACAGCUUCUAUUUUGCACUGAAGGUGCACAUUCAUUUUGUCACGAUUGUAUUCAGCGCUAUAUGUCAGAGGGCCUGUUCGGUCAAGGCAAUUUACGUGGAAAAGCAAUCAUAGCGUGUAUUGCCUCUACAGAUCAGUGUCGCGGCUGCUUGUCAAUGCAGGAUCUGGAACAUAUUUUACCCACUGAUAUGAUGAAAGCUUACGAUAUGUCGCUUUUAGAAAAUAUCAUGAUACCCAGCGAACAUAGAUAUCUCAAAAAGAUACAGUGUUGCUCUUGUUCUUAUUUUGAAGUGGAUGAAACCAUGAUGACCCCUCUUGAAGCAAUACCCUUUUAUAGCAACAAUAAUCACAUAAAGUGGGCCGCCGCAUGUCUUUUCGGCCUAUUUCUCAUCAUGUUCGCAGUACUGGACUAUUUCAACAAGGACAGCAACCAAAAGUAUAAUGUCUUUUGGCUGACUUUGUUGUUGGCUUCCCCGUUUCUUUUCAGACUCUUUUUGGCGAUGCAACAAUGGGACAUCAAGAGUGAUUUGGAAGUUGCAUACCAUCGCAUUAUGAAUGAAAGAAGAGGAACGACUCAGUUCAAGUGUAAAAACGAAGCAUGUCAGACGAUAACCUGCCUUAAUUGCAAUCGCCCCGUAAAAGGAAUUCACAAGUGUUUUGCAAAGGAUACAGAUGGCUUGCGUUUAUAUGUCGAAAAAGCCAUGGCAGAUGCUGUCAAGAGAACUAUUGUUUGUCGAUGUGGUUAUACCAUGUGUUACGUUUGCAGAAAAGAUAUCAAGCGAGAAUCCUAUGCUCACUUUUGUGAUCAUUUUCGUGAGACACCGGGCGUAAAAUGUAACAAGUGCAACAAGUGUGAUCUGUACAAAACAGAUCCCGAAGACAAACUGGUGAAGCAAGCAGCUGCAAGAGCGAAGAAACAGUAUUUACAAGCACAUCCUGAACUAGAUAUUGGCGGUAGAAAUGGUGCUAGUACGAAUGAUAGUCUACCGCACAUCGUGAUUGGACCAAAAACCACCGCUGAUAGAUUAGAUGAGUGGAGAAGAAUCUGUGUUAUGUGGUGCUUGGAAAAGGUUAUUGAAUUUUGCGUGUAG